AGCCAUGUAGGUUGGGUCACUGAGCCCGGAUCUUCAUCUUCCUUGGGAGUGGGGCUUCCUGCAGACAAGCCAAGAACCGUUGGACCACCAGAGCCCAGUAUGAUGGGAUGUGCAGUGGAGAUUAUCGUGCCAUGGAGAUACCCCUGUCCAAACUAGGGGGCGAAGGGACUGGAAACUAGAAAAUGCUAGCUCUGAGCGAAGCCAGAGGAGAGAACAAGGCCAGCAACACACAGAGCUCUGUGUAUUCAGAGGGAAGUUGGCAGGGUUGUGCCCCGGCAGAGAAACUCUGAGUGGUACAAAGAGACGUGCCCAGAGUGGAGAAAUCAUGCUAAUUGUCUGCACCAGAGCUGGAGAACGCCACCCAAAAUGAAGAGAGAAAGGGGAGCCCUAUCCAGAGCCUCCAGGGCCCUGCGCCUCGCUCCUUUUGUCUACCUGCUUCUCAUCCAGCCAGUCCCCCUGGAGGGGGUGAACAUCACCAGCCCAGUACGUCUGAUCCAUGGCACGGUGGGGAAGUCGGCCCUGCUUUCUGUGCAAUACAGUAGCACCAGCAGCGACAAGCCUGUGGUGAAGUGGCAGCUGAAGCGUGACAAGCCAGUGACUGUGGUGCAGUCUAUAGGCACAGAGGUCAUUGGCACUCUGCGGCCCGACUAUCGAGACCGUAUCCGGCUCUUUGAAAAUGGCUCCUUGCUUCUCAGCGACCUGCAGCUGGCAGAUGAGGGAACCUAUGAAGUGGAGAUCUCCAUCACUGAUGAUACCUUCACAGGGGAGAAGACCAUCAACCUCACCGUAGAUGUGCCCAUUUCAAGGCCACAGGUGUUAGUGGCUUCGACCACUGUGCUGGAGCUCAGUGAGGCCUUCACCCUCAACUGCUCUCACGAGAAUGGCACCAAGCCCAGCUACACCUGGCUGAAGGAUGGCAAACCCCUCCUCAACGACUCCAGAAUGCUCCUGUCACCUGACCAAAAGGUGCUCACCAUCACCCGAGUGCUAAUGGAGGACGAUGACCUGUACAGUUGUGUGGUGGAGAAUCCUAUCAGCCAGGUCCGAAGCUUGCCUGUCAAGAUCACUGUGUAUAGAAGAAGCUCCCUCUAUAUCAUUUUGUCUACAGGAGGCAUCUUCCUCCUUGUGACCCUGGUGACAGUCUGUGCCUGCUGGAAACCCUCCAAAAAGUCUAGGAAGAAGAGGAAGUUGGAGAAACAAAACUCUUUGGAAUACAUGGAUCAGAAUGAGGACCGCCUAAAAUCAGAAGCAGACACCUUACCGCGAAGUGGAGAACAGGAACGAAAGAACCCAUUGGCACUCUAUAUCCUAAAGGACAAGGACUCCCCAGAGUCGGAUGAGAACCCCGCUACAGAGCCUCGGAGCACCACAGAGCCUGGCCCGCCCGGCUACUCGGUGUCACCACCUGUGCCCGGCCGCUCUCCAGGACUGCCGAUCCGCUCAGCCCGCCGCUACCCGCGCUCCCCAGCGCUAUCCCCAGCCACCGGCCGGACGCACACGUCACCGCCGCGGGCCCCGAGCUCGCCCAGCCGCUCACGCAGCGCCUCGCACACACUGAGGACUGCAGGCGUGCACAAAAUCCGCGAGCAAGACGAGGCUGGGCAGGUGGAGAUCAGUGCCUAAGUUGCCUUGGGAGCCCGCUCCGGUUGCCCAAGUUCUGCUGCUGUCCGCAGCAGGGGAGGGGGAGGCUGAGAAGUCCGUGUGCCGCUGGCC